AUGGGUCUGCUAGAAGUAUUAUGUUGGUUGAAUAGUACAAAUAGAACAAGUACACCAAUUGUCAUUGAAACAAAUUGUAUGCAAGUAGCAAAAGCCAUUCUAGCAAAACCAGUAAACAAGACUGAAUUUGGUAGCAUAAUUGAGUUGUGUCUUAGAAUAUUAGCUGAGUUUGAUAACUGUAAGGUCAGUUUCGUUAGGCGACAAGCCAAUCGAGUAGCUCAUGAAUUAGCUCAGCCGACUCAUGAUGUUAUCAAGAAGUACAAGCUUGCAAAGUCAAAUUUAGAUGAAUUGAAGAAGCUAGGAGCAUGCAUUUUACAUGGAGUUGAUGCAACCAAGCUGAAAUUUGAUUCACAUUUAAAAAUGAGAAGGUUUGAUCGAAUUAUAUUCAACUUUCCUCAUGCAGGCUUUGUUAAGAAGGAAGAUAACUGGUUGAUGAUCAAGAUGCAUAAAGACCUUGUGUAUGGUUUCUUCAAGAAUGCAAGGCACAUGCUUGUGGCCAAUGGUGAAAUUCAUGUCAAUCACAAAAUGAAACCGCCCUACACUAACUGGAACUUAGAGAAGCUUGCUGAGAAAAGCUUUCUAAUCUUGAUUGAGUGUGCUAAAUUCGAGAAAAAAGAUUAUCCAGGUUAUAACAACAAGCGAGGAGAUGGAAAUCGAUGUGAUAAACCCUUUUAUCUUGGUGAAUGCAGCACCUUCAAAUUUACAUCACUUGAUGCUAAAUGA